GCUAAAAACAGUUCUGCUCUAAAACGACGAUCGAUCAUGUCCUUGGCCGACUUUGAGGACAUUCGGGCGCUCGGAAGCGGUGUCUACGGCGACAUCUAUCUCUGCAACACACGCGCCACCAACGACGUCGUGUGUGUCAAGCGCAUCGCGCUCCGCGACCUCUCGCCCCCGCAGCGCGACGUGUGCUGGAACGAAGUGAGCGUCGCCGCGUCGCUUCAGCACCCGAACAUCGUCCGCCACCACGGUGCGUUUGUGGACGCCGAGACGCUGGCGAUCGUCAUGGAGUUUUGCGACGGCGGGGACCUCGCCGAGUGGCUCUACGCGCACCGCGCCGAUGCGUCCGAGGACGCGCUCCUCCUGCUGUUCGUCCAGAUGGCACUCGCAGUCCAGCACAUGCACGCUGCGAACGUCCUGCAUCGGGAUCUCAAACCCAAAAACAUUUUUGUGUUUGAAACCGGGCGUCUCGUCGUCGGUGACUUUGGGAUCGCGAAAUGCCUCGAGUCGUCGUCGAGCCUCGCAGAGACGCUGAUUGGGUCCCCGGCGUACAUGGCCCCCGAGAUUUUCGAGGGCAAGCCGUAUGGGCUCAAGGCCGAUGUGUGGGCGCUCGGGUGCAUUCUCUACGAGCUCAUGGCCGGUCGCUGCCCGUUCCGAGCGAGCUCAUACCCGGCGCUCGUGCACAAGAUAUCGGCCGGCGACUACGACGCCUUGGCGGCCACGAUGUGCCGACUGCCGACGCGGCACUUGAUCGCCGCCAUGCUCGCUCACGAUCCCAACGACCGCCCGAGCGUCGAGUCCAUUCUGACAUUGCCCUUUCUGCAGCCAAGCCUCGACGAGUACCUCGCACUCGCUCCCGGCUACUUGGUCAAGCACCCGCCCACGUGGCUGGACAUCCUUGCGCUUCAGCGGUCCACGCUCGUCCCACCGCCGAUUGCAGCGCUCGGUCUCGCUGUCGACCGCCCCGAGACGAUCGCGGGCGAUCUCAAGCAGUUCGUCAAGGCGCAACACCUCGGACAACACUCGCUCAGCGUCGACGCCCGAGCCAUUGUACAGCUUCGGGCGAGACAAACCGCCCAGCGCCAGUGCAGCAAAUCCAAACGAGGCCAAAAGUCCCCGCUGCCACUGCCUCUCUGCGACAUCCACCUCGUGGACGCGCAAAAGCAAGCGUGUCACUCUCGAGGCCGCCGACCCGCAAACCGAAGGCGCGGUCGCCACGCAAGCCAUCGACGCUGCCUCCGCCACCCCCGAUCGGCGUCAGGUCGGUGUACCCGUCGCCUCUCUCGCCGCGGAACAGCAACCAGCGAAGCCCGGUGAAGCCGCCGCCGAGCUUCCUCGUGAUUGGUACGCAGCUCACGCCGCCC